AUGAAUAAAUUAUUCCUUUCCCAUAACGAUGUUGUCAAGCUCAACUGGAUUGAGAACCAACAUUACUCUGCAUCUACUAGGAAAUGGGAUGGCGUAUUGAUCAAGGCCAACGACCAUGUUAUUGCUACUUGUUUUAUAGAACUCUCAGGUGGCAUACAUUUCAACUCAACAGACGUCAAAGAAAAAACAGAUACCACAAAGCUCUACAAAAAUGUGAAGGUUUUAAACUUGCCAGACUCAAUUCCAAAGAAAGUGUUUUGCGUCAAGCUCUUUGGGCUCGUUCAACGUGUUCUCAAGCUUUUUACUUGGAAGCAAGCUGUGUUGAGCCUAGCCUUAAAGUUUUGA